AUGGCAUAAUAAAUAAUCUAUUUUAGAGAUCUAGAAAAUUUUUUAAGCUCUUCUGUUUAAUCUCAUACAGCUCUUUAUAUUGAACUAUAAUAGAGAUAGAUUGAUAAUGAAAUUGUAUCAGGCUUAGGUUCUGCUUUAGCAAACUGUACUAAUCUCUCAAAUUUGACACUUUGUCUUAGUUCGAAUAAAAUUGGUGAUAAAGGUACAUCAGGCUUAGGUUCUGCUUUAGAAAAAUUCACUAAUCUCUAAAAUUUAAUACUAUUACUUGAUUGGAAUUAAAUUGGUGAUGAAGGUGCAUCUGGCUUAGGUAUUGCUUUAGAUAAAUGCACUAAUCUCUCAAAUUUGGAACUUAAUCUUUGUAACAAUAAAAUUGGUUUAAUUGGUGCAUCAGGCUUAUGUUUUGCUUUAGCAAAAUGCAAAAAUCUCUCAAAUUUGACAAUUAAUAUUAGUAGAAAUAUAAUUGGUCAUGAAGGUGCAUCAAGCUUAGGAUUUGUUUUAGUAAACUGCAAUAAUCUCUCAAAUUUUAGACUUAAUCUUCGUUAAAAUUAAAUCCGUGAUGUAGGUACAUUAGGUUUAAGUUCUAUUUUAGUAAAAUGCAUAAAUCUCUCAAAUUUAACACUUGAUUUUAGUAAUAAUUAAAUAGAUGAUUAAGGUGUAUCAUCUUUAAGUUGUGCUUUAGAAAAUUGCACUAAUCUCUCAAAUUUAACACUCAAACUUGAAAACAAUCAAAUUGGUGAAAUUGGUUCAUCAAGCUUAGGUUCUUCUUUAGCUAAAUGCACUAAUAUCUCAAUUUUGUCACUUGUUCUUUAUUAAAAUAAAAUUGGUGAAAUUGGCAUAUCAAGAUUAAGUUUUAGUUUAUCAAGCUGCAUUAAUCUCUUUAAUUUUAAUCUAUGUCUUGAUUACGAUUAAAUUGGUACGAUUGGUGUAUCAGAAUUAGGUUCUAAUUUAGUAAAGUGUACUAAUCUCUCAAAUUUGGCACUUUCACUUUAUUAGAAUUAAAUUGAUGAUGAAGGUGCCUUAGGCUUAGGUUGUGCUUUAGAAAAGUGCUCUAAUCUCUCAAAUUUGACACUUAAUCUUUCUAAAAAUAAAAUUGGUUUAAUUGGUGCAUCAGGCUUAUGUUUUUCUUUAGCAAAGUGCACUAACCUUUCAUAUCUCACUCUUUAUCUUUGUUGUAAUUAAAUCGGUGAUGAAGGUUUAUCAUGUUUAAGUUUUAUUUUAGCAAAAUGCACUAAUCUCAUAAAUUUAAUAGUUACUCUUAGAGAUAAUUAAAUUAGCUCUAUAAAUUAAUCAUACUUAGAUUAAACUUUAUAAAACUGCACUAAUCUUUCAAAUUUGACACUUGAUAUUUGUAAAAAUAAAAUUAAUAAUGAAGGAGCAUCAGGCUUAGGUUUUGCUUUAAUAAAAUGCACUAACCUCUCAAAUUUAAAGCUUAGUCUUAAAGAAAAUAUAAUUGAUAAUGAAGGUGCAACAGGCUUAUACUUUGCUUUGACAAAGUGCGCUAAUCUCUCAAAUUUGACUCUUGAUCUUAAUGAAAAUUAAAUUAGUGCAAUUAGUUCAUCUUACUUAGGUUCCGCUUUAGAAAAGUGCACUAAUCUCUAAAAUUAGAUACUUAAUUUAAAUCAAAAUAAAUUUGAUGACGAAGGUAUAACAAGUUUAGGUUUUGCAUUAACAAAGUGCACUAAUCUCUCAAAUUUGAGUCUUUAUCUUAGUUAAAAUUAAAUUGGUGCAAUUGGUGCAUCAGGCUUAGUUUCUUCUUUAGCAAAGUGCACUCAUCUCUAAAAUUUGACACUUGAUCUUAGUUAGAAUAAAUUUGGUGAUGAAGCUACAUCAUGCUUAGGUUCUGCUUUAGCAAACUACACUAAUCUUUCAAAUUUAGAGCUUUCACUUACUUGGAAUUUAAUUGGCAAUGAAGGUCUGUUAAGCUUAGGUUCUGCUUUAGAAAGCUGCACUAAUCUCUCAAAUUUGAUACUUGAAUUUAGUGGAAAUCACUUUGAUUAUAAAGGUGCAUCAGGCUUAGGCGUUUCUUUAUCAAAGUGCACUAAUCUCUCAAAUUUGACACUUGAUAUUUGUCAAAACGAAUUAGAUAUAUCAUAAAGAUUCAAAGUAAAGAGCAAGUGUCUUAAAUCAAAAAGAUUAGUUAUUUAUGAUACAUUUGGAGAUAUUUGA